AUGUACCUCGAGGCCUUCCUUGCCAACGGAUAUGAUGAUUUUAAACAACUAACAGAAAUGUCUGAUGAAGAGCAACAGGAUGUUGUAGCCGAUGUCAAUAUGACAAUGAAAGGUUGUGUUUGCAGAUUUAUUUCUGAUGUCGCAGUUACGAAAAGCGCUAUGAAAAACCCUCCAGCACUCACAGUAAAGGACAGUAAUCGUGCUGUUAUUCAAGACAAACAAUCAUCAAACUCUACUGCUCCAGAUUGUAAGUUUAAAAAAUUGAAAUUUUUUAUAAUAUUAAUUUAAUAAAAAUGGAUCUAUAUUUUGUAUCCAUAAAAAGUUUAAAAAUGGUGUUUUUAGAAAUAGGACCGACUUCACCCUUCAGUUGAGUGGUUGAGUAUAUAUUAUAAAAUGGUUUAAAAAUUGUUGGUAUUCAGUAUAGGAAAGGUAUUUUUUUACAAAAUCAACCAUUCUGCAAUAGCAAAAUAUGAAAUUAAAUAUUAAUUUGUGUUAAUAUUAAUAUAUAUAUUUUAAACAGAUGGCAAAAAAAUAAAAGAAGUGGUAUAGAUCAGAUAUAUAUUAAAUAUUACUGAAUUCUAACAUGGAAAGUUCAAAGUCAUGGUUCAUAUUUCAUAUUCAAAACAUGUUUGCAUUCCUGUUAAUUUGCAGUACCCAAAGCAAUCAAACAUCUACUGAUUCCAAAUCCGUGAAAUCUACGCUACAGUUACUCCUUUCCAAAUUAAAGACUAUUUCUCGGGACAGUGGAUUCAUCGAUGGAGACAGGUUUCAAAGCGAAAAGAACAUGAAAACUCUUUUAAUGAUCUGAACUCGACUGAUUCACAGAAUGGCAAUAGCAUGAAUGUUAACAAGUAUUUGAAGGACAGUGCCAGUGGAAACUUUACAUGUUAUGAUGUGUCAAGGGCAGAAUAUACAAAGGAUCUUCUGUCAAAAUUUUUAAAAAAUGUUUUGCUCACAAAGAAAACCUUCUGGCCCUCAGGGCACAGUUGCUCGAUGCAAAUUCUAUUCUAAAGAAGGUAUGGAAGGCAAAUGAGUCAAAAUUUUAUGACUCGGAAAUUUCAGUCUAUGCCAACAUGUUUAAGGUUGUGUCAGAGAAGUAUGGCAGAGUGGAAGCUACCGCAAUACUGUUAAGGCGUAGAUUUCUCUUGAAAGAUAUGGAUGAAGCAGAAUAG